UGGGAGAAGAGUGCUCUGGUCUCAGCCUGGCUGCACUGCUGCGGCUGAGCUGAUGCCCUGGUGCACUGUGGUUAUCAGGGAACCUACACAAGUAUCCUGGUGCAUGAUGGUUGCUGGCUGGGAUUAAACCAUGACAACAACAAAAGGAUGUGGCUGAGAUGUUCUGUUGCUCACUACAGUUAACAUCCCCUCAGUGCAUACCAAAAAAUAAGUAUCAAUAGCAGAGAUACAGGGAGGUGAAUGCAAUUUUGCCAAGGAGCUAUUUCUGCACUUAAUGCUGGAGGAAGUGAUUGUGAAAGAAUGACUUACGCAAAAUAGUUGCAUCAGCUUUCCCGAUGAUGGGUGAUGACUGACAAAAGGACAGAGAUCUUUCACUGAAUUUCAGCUCGCAAAGAAGAGAGCGCAAACAUGAAUGCUGCUCAUUUUUGUGUCCCUGGUCAGAAGCAGCAAUAAAAGUAGUUGAAAUGUGAGCUUGAAGGCAGUGUCAUGCAUGCUGGAUAAUGCUGAGCUCUUCAGGAGCCGUAGUUUCCUUAAGGGAGCAGGCAAUAAAGAGAAGCCGUGCAAACCAGACUGCCAUCGUGUCAAAUCUGCCAAAGGGUUUCCAGCUUUUGGUCUACUUGCAGGUAUGAGGUAACUACUUGGAUCCCAGCACACGAGCACACUGAAACAUAGCAUGCAGUACGCAAGUUUCAUACAGGAAAAUGUUCAACCAAACAAAACACAAAUCAAGAACUACACACACCUGGCAAGUGUGGGCCAUCUACAUGGUCUUAGCUGCAAACCUCUCUGAAGAGCAAGCGCUGAAGCAGGCUUGUCCUUCAUGUGAUGCCACUCAGCUUUGCAACUGCUCUUCCAUGGGCUUGGACUUUAUUCCCCGGGGACUCACAGCCAAAAUCACAACAUUGGACCUGUCCCACAACAGGAUAACGCACAUCCAAUCCCAGGAUCUGCAGCGGGCUGUGAACCUGAGAGCCCUGCUGCUGCAGUCCAACAAAAUCAGCUUGAUAGAUGAGGAUGCGUUUCGCUGCCUCGGGAAAUUGCAGCUCUUGGACUUAUCAAAUAACAGCUUGGCUCACUUGUCCCCUGCAUGGUUCAGACACCUUUUUUCGCUCCAGCAUCUCCAUCUUCAAGGGAACUCUUACAGAGACUUGGGGGAAGGCUCUGUCUUUUCUAGCCUGAGGAACCUGAGCUCUCUCCACCUGGGCAACCCAGGGUUCUCCACAAUAAGGCAAGGGAACUUUGAGGGCAUUGAGCUUCUUGACAAGCUGUGGAUUGACGGUGGCAAUCUCAGUCAGUAUGAGCCGGGAAGUUUGAAAUCAAUUAAGAAGAUAAAUCACAUGAUCAUAAACCUAAAAAAUACUACUGUGUUCUCAGCAAUUGUCAGAGACCUUGUGCACUCUGUUGUUUGGUUAGAAGUGAGAGAAAUCAAAUUAGAAAUUGAAAAAAAAAGCUUGGUGCAAAACUCUAUACUUCCUUUCAGGAUACAAAAACUUACAUUUAGAGAUGCUUUGUUCACAGAUCAAUAUAUUAGCCGAAUAUUAGGAUUAUUGAAGGAAAUAACAUCUUUGCAAGACUUAGAGGCGAUUGAUUGUGUGCUUGAGGGGAAAGGAGCAUGGGAUAUUAGAGAAAUUGAAAGAAGUGGGAAAAGCUUCGUGGAAACAGUGUCAAUAACAAAUGUAAUGAUUCAGAAUUUUCAUUUGUUUUUUGACCUGGAUGGUAUUGAGUCGCAAAUCAGAAAACUGAAAAGUCUUACCAUUGUGAGCUCUAGAGUUUUCAUGGUACCAUGCAAACUUGCAAAACACUUUUCAUCACUUCUGUAUUUGGACUUUCACAAUAAUUUGCUUGUAAAUAAUCGCUUAAAUGAGACACUCUGUGAAAAAUCUUGGCCUUCAUUGCAAACUCUAAAUCUAAGUCAAAACUCUCUAAAAUCUCUGAAAGAGACUGCAAAUUCUGUAGCUCGUCUACGCAAACUGAUUAAUCUUGACAUUAGCCAAAAUAAUUUUGGUGAGAUUCCAGAUGUCUGUGAAUGGCCAAAAAACCUGAAACAUUUAAAUCUCUCCAGCACUCAAAUUCCUAAGCUAACGACUUGCAUUCCCACAACUCUGGAAGUGCUGGACGUCAGCGCUAACAACCUGAAGGAGUUUGGACUGCAGCUCCCAUUUCUCAAAGUGUUGUACCUGGCAAAAAACCAGUUGAAGACCUUGCCUGGGGCUGCACCCAUCCCUAACUUGGUGGCCUUGUCAGUGAGGAGAAACAAGCUGAACAGCUUCUCCAGAGAAGAGUUUGAGUCCUUCAGGCAAAUGGAGCUGCUGGAUGCCAGUGACAAUAACUUCAUCUGCUCCUGUGAGUUCCUCUCCUUCAUCCACCACCAGGCCAGGAUCGCCCAGGUGCUGGUGGGGUGGCCAGACAAGUACAUCUGCGACUCUCCCUUGGCCGUGAGAGGGGCGCAGGUUGGGGCCGUGCACCUCUCCCUGAUGGAGUGCCACAGGUCCCUCGUGGUGGUGUUGAUCUGCGCCCUGGUGUUCCUGGCCAUCCUGGUCCUCGUGGCUAUUGGAUACAAGUACCAUGCGGUCUGGUACCUGAGGAUGACGUGGGCAUGGCUGCGCGCCAAGAGGAAGCCCAAGCGAGCCCCCCCAAAGGACGUCUGCUAUGACGCCUUUGUCUCCUACAGCGAGAACGACUCCGAUUGGGUGGAAAACAUCAUGGUGCGGGAGCUGGAGCAGGCCUGCCCCCCGUUUCGGCUCUGCCUGCACAAGCGGGACUUUGUGCCAGGGAAGUGGAUCAUGGACAACAUCAUUGACUCCAUGGAGAAGAGCCACAAGACGCUCUUUGUGCUGUCCGAGCACUUUGUGCAGAGCGAGUGGUGCAAAUAUGAGCUGGACUUCUCCCACUUCCGCCUCUUUGAUGAGAACAAUGACGCAGCGAUUCUUGUCCUCCUGGAGCCCAUCCAGAGCCAAGCGAUUCCCAAGAGGUUCUGCAAGCUGAGGAAGAUCAUGAACACCAAGACAUACCUGGAGUGGCCUCCCGGUGAACAGCAGCAAAGGAUGUUUUGGGAAAACCUAAAAGAAGCCUUGAGGUCAUAGAAGAAGUUGGCAUCCUACAUUUCAAUGAUAUUUCCACAGAAGAUAUAUGUCAGUGUUUCUUCCUGAUAAGAAAUUUUUCUUUCUUAUUUUUCUGCCUAAGGGGAACCUGCUUUGUUGUGUACAGAUCUAAGUCUCAUCUUACAAAAUGAGAAAGACCCACUUUAAACUUUCCAGUGGUUUUAUACUCUGAUCUUUAAAAAUCCCUGCUGCAAACUCUGAUAAUCUGAAGCCAUGUUGGACUUUUCUACCCUUGUUUAGCUGAAUCUAGGUUAUUACCAGGCCUUUGCCUCUGGUUACCACAUCCCAAACAACUUCCUAACAAUGCCAUUGUCAUUUACAGAUUAAAAUAAAAGCCAAGUGCUUCAAUACUA